CCCUGUCUUAAAGCCGCGCACCAAACCCCUUCUUCCGCUUGACCGCUCCUCCGGCCGGCUCACCUUGAAACCCACAGCAAUGGUAAUCGGAAGGCUGGCCUUGAGCUCUCUCUUCCACAACAAGGCCAGGGACGCCUCGCCGUCCCCGCCACCCGCUCCGGCUACCGCACCUCCCUGGGUUUGGCCGUCCUGCAAGAACCCAAGAACGCAAUCCUUCCACGCGGCGCCGCCGCCCCCGGGCACCAGGACCAUCGCCUCCAUCUUCCUCGACUCCGCCGAGUCCUCCUUCACGGCCUCCUCCGCUCGGCAAGACUGCUCCGACAGCCUCUCCACGGCGUCCGAGGCGUCGGCCGCGGGGGGCGACGGCGCCGACACGGUGACGGCGGACGACGCCAUCGUGCGUGGCCUCCGUUCCUCCGACCGGCUCCUCUUCGACCCGAGCGCGUCUGCCACGAGCUCCAUCCUGGAGCACAAGUCGGCGGGCGCCGGCGGCGAUGCCUUCAUCGGCGGCGUGGCGGUGGCGUUCGAGUCCGAGGACCCGUACGUGGACUUCCGGGUGUCCAUGGAGGAGAUGGUUGUCGCGCACGGGGUCGGGGACUGGAGCUGGCUGGAGGAGAUGCUGGGGUGGUACCUCCGCGCCAACGGCAAGGACACGCACGCCGCCAUAUUGGCAGCGUUCGUCGACGUCAUCGUCGGCAUCGCCGACCCCGCCCUCGCGUCCUGCUCGUCGCACCGGAGCUCUUCUUGCACGAUCACGGAGGAGUCGUCGUUGGACAUCGCCGAGACGGCAAAACUUACCGUGUAGCAAGCUGAUCCUUUCAUUUGGACUGAACCAAAUGGUGAUUGUGCUAAUCUCUGGUGUUAAUCUCAUCGAGGUUGAUGGCAUAUACUAGUCUACCGGUCGGAUCAAAAUGUUCCAUUUCAUUAGCCUAACUCUUCCUACAUGCUAGGGGAUUUUGAGCGUGCAUGUGAUCGUCGUUGUACGUAUGUAUGAUCAUGAGGUCCUGACGAUACGGUAAAAAAAAAAAGCAGUAGAUUUUGUAGGACAACAGAGCAAAUGAGUAUGGAGCAAAGUGUGGCCGGUGGUAGUGCUGGUGCGUCGUGCCCACCGCCCAACAGUGCGCGUGGCUUGCAGCUAAGUUAUCAAUGAUUACGUGAUGCGUAUGGAACAGUACCGUACAGUAGGAUUUGUCGCCAAGGUUUGCAAACAGUAGAGUACAACGCAAGUCCAACACGUACCACUGUGCCAGGCAGCCAUUCGAGCUCACGAAUAGUAGUCGGAAAAAG